UCAUAGUUGUGAGAACUUCGGAGGUCUAUUAGAGGUCAGUGUGAGUCCUUCUAAUAGCUACUGCAGUAGCGCUGGCACUUUCAGAUAACUGCACCUCUCCAAUUUGGACACAGUCUCGAACUUUCGUCAUUUAUACACUAAAACUGGUCAGUGCAGAACAGCCAUGCAGGCUCAGGAGGUCUUAAGACAGCUGCGGAUUCCUGAGAUGGAUGACGUUCGGCAGUAUGUUCGAGGUUUCCCCACAAAUGCACUCAUGGGUAUGGGUGCCUUUGCUGCCAUUACAACUUACUGGUUUGCCACUCGGCCAAGAGCCCUCAAACCACCCUGUGAUCUUGGACUGCAGUCAGUGGAAAUACCAGGAGGAGAACAUGCCAGAGGAUCAGUCAUGAACGAGAAUCAUGAGGUCAUGACACACUACUACAACGAUGCCCGCACAGUAUAUGAGGUGUUCCUGCGAGGGCUCAGAGAAUCAAAUAAUGGCCCUUGUCUCGGAUCAAGGAAACCAAACCAACCAUAUGAGUGGCAGUCUUAUAAAGAGGUGAUUGACAGAGCCGAGAACAUUGGCUCUGCCCUCCUUCAUAGAGGACACUCUCACACAGGAGACAAAUACGUUGGCAUCUUUUCCCAGAACAGACCAGAGUGGACCAUUUCAGAACUGGCAUGUUACACAUACUCCUUGGUGGCUGUUCCACUCUAUGACACACUUGGCACAGAGGCCAUUGGCUACAUUAUUGAGAAAGCUGCCAUCUCAACAGUGAUCUGUGACGUACCUGAAAAGGCUCGGAUGAUUCUGGACUGUGUAGUCGGGCAAGGAAAAACAGUGAAAACAGUUGUUCUCAUGGAGGCUUUUGACAGUGAUCUGGUGACCCGGGGAAAGGAGAGCGGCAUUGAAAUUCUGAGUAUAAAUGAUUUUGAGGCUGUGGGUAAAGCCAACCACCAAAAACCACUGCCUCCCAAGCCAGAUGACCUUGCAAUUGUUUGCUUCACAUCUGGAACCACAGGAAACCCCAAAGGUGCAAUGCUGACUCAUGGAAAUAUCAUCUCCAACACCGCAGCAUUCAUUAAAAUAACAGAGGGGACACUGAACCCCAGCUUCAAAGAUGUGCUCAUCUCCUUCCUCCCUCUGGCCCAUAUGUUUGAGAGGGUGGUGGAGGGUGUCAUCCUCGCUCAUGGAGCACGGAUUGGCUUCUUUCAAGGGGACAUUCGACUCUUGAUGGACGAUCUGAAAACGCUGCAGCCAACAGUCUUUCCCGUCGUCCCUCGUCUCCUCAAUCGCAUGUUUGAUAGAGUUUUCAGUCAGGCUAACACACCACUCAAAAGAUGGCUGCUGGACUUUGCCUUCAGAAGAAAAGAGUCAGAGCUUAAAAGUGGGGUGGUCAGAAAAGACAGCAUGUGGGACACACUCAUCUUCAAAAAAGUACAGGCGAGUCUGGGCGGUCGUGUGAGACUCAUGAUUACAGGAGCAGCCCCCGUGUCCCCAACCAUCUUGACUUUUCUGAGAGCUGCUCUCGGCUGUCAGUUCUACGAAGGCUAUGGUCAGACUGAAUGCACGGCCGGUUGCUCUAUGUCAAUACCUGGAGACUGGUCAGCAGGUCACGUUGGGCCUCCUCUGCCCUGCAGCGUGAUAAAACUUGUGGAUGUGGCAGAAAUGAAUUACCUUGCAGCCAAUGGUGAGGGAGAGGUGUGUGUCAAAGGACCAAAUGUAUUCAAGGGAUACUUGAAAGACCCAGAGAAAACAGCGGAAGCGCUCGACAAGGAUGGAUGGCUACACACAGGAGACAUUGGGAAAUGGCUUCCUAAUGGCACUCUGAAGAUCAUUGACAGAAAGAAACACAUUUUCAAGCUGGCGCAAGGAGAGUACAUCGCCCCAGAGAAAAUAGAAACCAUUUAUAACCGCAGUGAUCCAGUGGCUCAGAUAUUUGUUCAUGGUGAUAGCUUACAGGCAUGCUUGGUGGGGAUAGUGGUACCUGAUCCAGACUUUUUACCUAUUUGGGGCAAGAAAAAGGGCUUUGAAGGGUCCUACUCUGAACUGUGCAGUAACAAGGAUGUGAAAGCAGCCAUUCUGGAGGACAUCCUGAAUUUGGGCAAAGAAGCAGGACUCAAAUCUUUUGAACAGGUAAGAGACAUCGCGUUACAUCCCGAGAUGUUUUCUGUCCAGAACGGUCUGCUGACUCCCACCCUGAAGGCCAAGAGGACCGAGCUUAGGAACCGCUUCAGAGAACAACUUGACGAACUUUAUGCCAGAAUUAAGAUGUGAGCUGUUUGUGCUACACAGAGGUCAACACAACCAAAUCAUUUAUGCAGAGAUUCUCUGCUUUUUCUCUACCAAUGAAAAUAAUUUUCUAGGGAUUGCUUUCAAACAAUUUGGACAAUGAAUCUCAGUUUAGAGAAUUCACUAUCAAUCUGUUGAUAAGUAACUGUACAGCCUUGUUUCCCCUGCUAUAAGUUAGUGAAGAAUAAUCCAGAACACGUGUCAAUGGUACAUUUUUAUCUUAGACUUGUAGGUUAAAGAGUGAAAAAGGGGAAAUGGGAGUUCCUCUUGCCUUUACUGGCAUUAUGUCUGACUCUUCAUGGUCAGAAGUGUGAAGCCCCUGAAAACAUUUCUUCUAGUUUUUAUUCCUGGGAGCAAAAUUUUAAAAUACUUUUACAGUGACUAAUAUCAACUAUUUAUAUACUGAGCUAUUUAAUGUAUUGGUAAUCUAUUUAAGUUGAUAUUUAAAUCCAUCAUCAAACCUGUAAAUAUUUUGUGAUACAAAAAUAUAUUUGUAUGCAGAGCACCUUGCCUGAUACUAUUAAGUUGUAAUCUCCUGCAUUUCCAUGUGUCUCAGUGCUGCAGGCUAAACAACUGACUUCAAUCAUUUCUCAUUUCAGAGCAGAAUUUAGUUAACAGUCUCUUGGGGUUCAUGUGCCUUUUGUUUGGUUGUUUUCGUCUAAUGCGGUGUGUAAAUAUAUUAAAUAUUGCUGUACUGUACAUGCAGAAACUCCAUUGCAGUGCCCUUUACUAAUUUCAGUACCACAGGCUGCAGGAUGAAGAUCUUUAAGUGUCAUUUGUAUAUUGCACAAGUAUUUGGGAAAAAAUGAACACUGGUAUUAUAAAUCAUUUCAAGAAGCCAGUUUUUCUUAAUGAAUUCCGUGUCUUUUACUGAUGCUCCAUGAAGUCGGUCUUCAUUUCAGCUGUACAGCAAACAGGACAUUAUGGCUGUUCUACAUCUAAUCAUAUGGAAGACUCGCAUAUUACAAGCCAUACUGUGUUUUCAUGAUUCUUAUGGUAGGAAAAGGGCAAAUGUGCAGUGCUAAUAGAAAUAAUAGGAUAUUUAUUUGUCAGAUGAAACAAAUAAAUACUUUCUUUGAAAUGUGUCUUUAGGUUUUGUUUUCUAUUAGGACCAGUUUUGCUUCUUCUUUUGUUUUUUUUUGUUUGUCUGUAAAUUGCAUGAAUAUGUGGCUUGUUUCAAAUAAUAAAGAAUUACUUUAAAUACACUAUAAUUUAGUUCUUAAAUGGUGACAAUGACAUUUAAGUGUUUAAUCUACAGUAUUUGUCAACAAUUAUGUAUCCCAUGAAGCCCUAUCAGAAGAUUUGGACUGUAUUUUACUUUUUAUUUUACGAUUCAUUGAUUAAUAAUACUGCACCUGCAGACAGUUUAGCAUGUUUACAGUACAUUAAUAAAACAUGUCUGUUCCAGCUAAGAUGGUUAACAUUUUUACUUUCAGUCAAAAUACUGAAUAGGAUGUUGGUAAGAGCUACUAAUCACCAAGAAUGCACAGUAAAAUAAC